CUCCCCUCUCCCCCUCCUCCUCAGCCUCCGACAGCGAGACGCCAAGAUGGAGCCUGAGGACCUACCUUGGCCCGGCGAGCUCGAGGAGGAGGAGGAGGAGACGGAGGAGGAGGAGGAGGCAAAAAAGGAGGAGGAGGAGGUGAAAAGCUUGGACGAGGACGAGGAGGUGAAGAGCUUGGAUGAGGACGAGGAGGUGAAGAGCUUGGAUGAGGACGAGGUGGUGAUGGUGGAGGACGUGGAGGACGAGGAGCCGCGGGAACUGGACACGGACUUCACCUACGAGAGCCAGCCGGAGGAGAGUUCGGACGACUACGAGGAGGACGACGAGGCCAAGGCCUGGCUGCAGGCGCACCCCAGCGGGGCGCUGCCUCUGCCGUCGCCGCCGAAGCACCGCUACUCCGAGGGCGAGUGGCGCGGCCCGGAGAAGGUUGUUCCAUUGACCAGUCAUGUAUGGCAACAGUCAUCAUCUCAAGAAAAUAGUAGAACACAGAUUUCUGAUUCUAAUGUGGCCUCUUCGGAAGAAACAGCUCAGAAGGGUUCUGGGGAUGAUCAGAGAACAGAAUCUUGGCAUUUUCUUCCUCAAGAAAUCGACUCUUCCCACACCUCGGAUACAUCUCAGACCAGGUUUAAUGUGAGAGAGGAAGAGACAGAUGCGGCAGACUUCCUCUCUGUGGAGGAGAGUAUAUUGACCCAAUCAGAAAAUCAAGUAAAGAAACACAACAGAGGUCUCUUUUGUUCUCCAUUGCUAGUCCUACAAGACAACUUUGCUUCUCCUGAUUUGCCUUUGCUGACAUGUUUGACACAGGACCAAGAGAUUGGGCCUGAUUCCAUAUUUCACCAACGUGGACUAGAUUUUGCACCUCUGAGGGGAAUUCCUGAGAAGGCAGGAUCUUCAAACAUUAUUUACCCACUGGAAGUAUCUACUUCAGAUUCUUUGCUUUCGCAAGAUUUAAAGCAGCAAACCUUUGAAGAAGUUGCAGAUUCCUCAAACGAUAUUUUGGAGGGCCUGCAGAGGAAGGCUGAAUCUGACAUCUAUUCUCUGGAUGAUGAUAUUGAAUGCUGUAGCCUAGAUGAAAAUGCUGUUGUAUGCAAUGAAAGAUCUGAACUACAAAGAGAGAUAUGUGUCCAAGGUGACUUGACUGGGAAGUGCAUUGAGCUAGCAGGUUUAGAAAAUAUGCUUGAUGAUCUAGAAAUUUGUGAUGUCUCCCUGCCUUGGCAAUCUGCUUUACAACUACCAUCGGAGGAAGAGCCUGACAUUAGUCGGUCUUUUUUAUCUGUAUUGCCUCCAUUUGUUCCUCAUGAGCCAACCAGAGAGUUGGAGUAUCACUCUUCAGAUCUCAGGAUGUUGAGGGUAUCUCCUGAGAUUAUGCCAAAGACUCUCAAACAUUUACCAGGAGAUAUUUCUAAAGGAGGCAUAAGUGAAAUUACCCAAUCCAACUUGAAAGCCGACAUCACUACCACUUCUGGAGAUUCAGGCAUUGGAUCUCAUUUACCCUUGUCUUCUGAGGACUUUUCUCAGUUGGCUGUAAGAUCUUCUGUGGAGAAUACUAUUGGUAUACAUACUAAUACUCUCAACCAACAGAGAUUGGCAAAUGGUCAUGUAACUGAAGAGACUCUACAAGCCUUACCUGUUCCAAAACUAGCUGACCAGAAGGCUGGAAUUUCAACAGUACCCUUUAGUUCCUACUCACUAAGAGAGAAGCCCAACAUUUUCUACCCACAGGCCUUGAGAGACAGUCAUCAAAUUGAAGAGGCUCUAAGAGUUUCAGCUGUUAUUGGACCUGUUGACCAGAAGAGCGAGAAAACAACAGUACCUUCUAGUUCCUAUACAGAUAGAGAGAAGCACAAUGUUUUUUCUCAGCCACUGCUAUCAGACAGUGUUCUAACUGAACAGGCUCUGAACGGUUCAUUUGUUCCUGGACCAGCUGAUCAAGUGACGGUGAUACCAACAGUUUCCUCUACUUUAUACUCACAUGAAGAGAAGCCCCAUCUUUUCUAUCAACAGCCAUUUCCCGAGAGUCAUUUAACUGAGCAGUCUCAACAAGCUGCUGCCAUCUCUGGAUUUGCUGGCCAGCAGACUGGGAUACCAACAGGAACCUCAGCUUCUUACUCAAACAGAGAGAAGCCCCAUAUUUUCUAUCAACAGACAUUUCCAGAAAAUCAUCUAACUGAGCAGGCUGUGAAAGUUUCUGUUGCUCCUGGGUCUACAGAGCAGAAAACAGGCAUACCAAUAGUAUCCUCUGCUUACUCACAUAGAGAGGAGCCCAGUAUUUUCUACCAGCAAGAGUUGCCAGUCAGUCAUCCAGCUGAACAGUCUCAACAAGCUGCAGCUCUCUCUGGAUUUGCUGACCAGAAGACUGGAACCUCAACUUCUUACUCACAUGGAGAGAAGCCCCAUAUUUUGUACCAACAGACUUUGCCAGGGGGUCAUCUAACUGAGCAGUCUCAACAAGCUGCAGCUGUUUAUAGAUUUGCUGACCAGAAGGCUAGGAUACCAACAGGAACCUCUACUUAUUCACAUGGAGAGACCAGUUUUUUCUAUCAGCAGAAGUUGUCAGAUAGUCAACUAACUGAACAGGCUCAGAAAAUUUCAUCUAUUCCUGGACAAACUGACCAGAACACUGGGAUACAAACAGGACCAUCUAGUGCCUACUCACAUAGAGAGAAACCCAUCAUUUUUUACCAGCAGGAGUUUCCCGAUAGUCAUCUCACUGAAGAGGCUCUAAAAGUUUCAUCUGUUCCAGGACCAGGUGAGCAGAACACUGGGAUACCACCAGGUUCCUCUGGGUUCUACUCAUUUGAAGAGAAGUCCAGUACUUUCUACCAACAGGCAUUAGCAGAUAGUCAUCCGACUGAAGAGGCCCUGAAAGUUUCCACCAUUUCUGGACCAUCUGACCGGAAGCCUGGGAUACAAACAUUACCCUCUGCUUCCUAUCCACAUAGAGAGAAGCAUAUUAUUAUCUCACCACAGGCCUUGACAGAGAGUCACCUACUUGAAGAGGCUCUGAAAGUUUCAGCUGUUUCCAGACCAGCUGACCAGAAGACUGGGUUGCCAUCAGAACCUCCUACUUCCUACUCACAUAGAGAAAAGCCCAUUUUCUACCCACAGGGCUUGACAGAGAGUCAUUUGUUUGAAGAGGCUCUGAAAGUUUCAGCUGUUUCUGGACCAGCUGACCAGAAGACUGGGUUGCCAUCAGAACCUUCUAGUUUCUACUCACCCGGAGAAGAGUCCAGUAUUUUCUACCAGAAAGGGUUGCCAGAUAGUGAGCUAGCUGAAAAGGCUCUGAAAGUCUCAGCUGUUCCUGGCACAGGUGAUCAGAAACCUGGGAUACCAACAGUACCUCCAAGUUCCUAUUCACCUGGAGGGAAGUCCAUUAUUUUUUACCAACAGGCCUUACCAGAUACCCUUCUCACAGAAGAGGCUCUGAAUGUUUCUACUUCUGGACCAGCUGACCAGAAGACUGGGUUACCUACAGUAUCCUCUACUUCCUACUCUCACAGAGAGAAGCCCAUCAUUUCUUACCAGCAAGAUCUUACUAAAGAGGCUUUAGAAAUAUUAGGGGUUUCUGGACCAGCGGAGCAGAAAACUGGGAUACCAGUAGUAACCUCUAUUUCCUACUCUCCUGGAGAGAAGCCUAUCAUUUCUUAUCAGCAAGAAUUGCCAGAUCAUAAUGAAGAUGCUUCAAAACUUUUAGCAAUUCCUGGAUCAGUUGACCAGAAGACUGGUGUGCAAAUUGUGCCCUCUUCUUCCUACUCAUAUAGAGAGGGCCCUAUCAUUUCUUACCAGGAGUUGCCAGAUAUUACUGAAAAAACUUUGGAAGUUUCAGCUGUUCCUGGACCAACUGACCAGAAGACUGGGAUACGAAUAAUCCCCUCAGGUUCCUCCUCAUAUAGAGACAAGGGCAAUAUUUUUCACCAGCAGGAGUUGCCAGAUAUUACUGAGGAAGCUUUAAAAGUUUUUGCUCUUCCUGGACCAGUUGACCAGAAGACUGAGAUACCAGAAGGAUCUUCUAGUUCUUAUUCACAUAAAGAAAAACCCAGGAUUUCAACUGUGAUUUUACCGGAUGACCAGAAAACUGAGUUUCCAACAGCUCCCCUCAUUUCCUAUGCACAGAUAGAGAAACCCAAGAAUUUAGCUGUGAUUGAACCAAACGGCCAGCAGACUCCGUUACUGACAGUUUUUCGUAAUUCUCACUCUCAGAGAGUAACACCCAGUAUUUUCUUUAAACAGCAUUUGCCAACUAGACAACAUAGUGAAGACAUUCAGAAGAUCUCAUCUGUUCCUGAAUCAACUGACGUGAAUUCUAGGGUACCAAUACCUCUUCCUAGUUCCUAUUCACACAGAGAAAAAUCUAAUAUUGUCUGUCCGCAGGAAUUGUCAGACAAACAUCUAACUGAAGAUGUACUGACAGUAUCAACAAUUCCUAAACCAGCAGACCAAAAAACUGUGUUACCAACAGCUCCUCCUCAUUGUUUUUCACACAGAGAAAAACAGAAUAAAUUCUGUGAACAGAAUUUGCCAAAUGGACAUCUAACUAAAGAUGCCCUGAAGUUCUCAAGUGGUCUUAGGCAAGCUGAUCAGAUUACUGGGUUACCAGCAGUUUACCCUGAUACUUAUUCACAUAGUGAGAAGCACAAGUUAGCUUCAGACCAUGUCCAAAGGCCAAAAGAUCAUUUGGAUUCUUCUAACUCUAGUAUUAUGUCAAACAAUAUGCCCUUAAAUUCUCAAGCUGAUGGUAGAGUUGUAAUAAAUAAGCCAGAACCUUCAGGUUUUGAAGAUAUUGGCUCUGAGGAAUUCCAGGGUACAGAUAAUGGUUCUAAAACUCUUAAAGAGAUUCGGACACUUUUAAUGGAGGCAGAAAAUAUAGCACUGAAACGAUGCAAUUUUCCUGCUCCCCUUGUGCCAUUCAGAGAUGUUAAUGACAUUUCAUUUAUUCAAUCUAAGAAGGUUGUUUGCUUCAAAGAACCCCCUACAACUGAUAAAUCUAACAUUGAUUUGCCUCAGAGACAGUCAUUCACAAAAAAGAAUCCAAACAAGUACCUACAGAAGGAUAUUAGUACACAGACAAAUCUGAAAUGCCAGGGAGACAUUGAAAAUUGGGAGUUUGUUAGGUCAUCUACAGUUAGAAGUCCUCUACGGGAAGCAGAAAUCAAAGCCAGAAUGGCAUUAGAUGAAACUUUUAGGCAAUAUAAAGCAGCCAGACCUGUAAUGAGAUCUGAACCUGAAGGGUGUAGUGGAACCCUUGGGAAUAAAAUUCUUAUCCCUAUGAUGACUAUCAUAAAAAGUGAUUCAAGUAGUGAUGCAAGUUCCUGCUCAUGGGACAGUAAUUCCUUUGAUUCAGUUUCUGAUGUUCUUCUAAACUUGUUUCCAUGUACUUCACCGAAGACAAGUAUGACAGAUAGUAGAGAGGAAGAGUGUGUGUCAGAGAGUGAUGAAGGGCGUGGUAGUAGUGUGGAUUCACUGGCUGCACACGUGAAAAACCUUCUGAAAUGUGAAUCCUCAUUGAAUCAUGCUAAACAAAUUCUCAGAAAUGCAGAGGAAGAGGAAUGCCGGGUACGAGCACGAGCCUGGAAUCUGAAGUUUAAUAUGGCUCGUGAGUGUGGCUACUCCAUUUCAGAAUUAAAUGAAGAUGACAGGAGAAAAGUAGAAGAGAUCAAAGCAAAGUUAUUUGGCCAUGAGAGAACUGACUUGUCCAAGGGUUUACGGAGUCCACAGGGAAUAAGAUGCCAUCCAGAAGCUGUCUGUGGUCAUAUUAUUAUUGAGAGCCAUGAAAAAGGAUGUUUCAGGACUCUAACUUCUAAACAAUCACAGUUGGACAGCCAUCCUUGUAUCUUCAGAUCACCUGAACCCUUAGAAAUUAUCAGAGGACACCGGAGCCCAUCAUCAUGGAGAAGCAGUCCCAUCAACCUUUCCAAAUCACUAGACCAGAGCAACACCCGUUUCAAAGUUUGGAAUUCCUUGCAGUUACAAAGUCGUUCCCCAAUUCAGAAUUUUACAACUGAUGACUUCAAAAUUAGCAAGGGUUUUCGAAUGCCAUUCCGUGAAAAUAUGGACCCUUGGCUGUCAGAAUUAGUAGAACCUACUUAUGUGCUACCUGAAGAAAUGGAUUGUCAUUCUUCAUCACAAAUGCUGUCCCCAGAAUCCAUGAAAAAGUUUACUACCUCCAUCACUUUUUCAUCUCACCGACAUUCUAAAUGCUUUUCAGAUUCCUCUGUUCUUAAGAUCACUGGAGAAGGUUAAGAUUCCACUUUCUGCCUCCUCUAGAAAAUUAUUAUCUGAUGCAGUCACUCAGAUUACAACAGAAAGUCCAGGAAAAGCUAUGUUUUCAUCUCAGAUUUUUAUUAAUGCUGAUGAUGGUCAACGUGAGCCUAGUUCCCAGAAGCUGGACAA